AUGACCAUCCGCAGCGUGAGUCCCUACGACUGUGUUGUGUUGGACGGCGGCACUGUUGUCACGGCAGCAGAUGUCGCCCGCGCCGGCGAUGUCGUUAGCAGAUGCGCCGGCGGAACAACCACAAUCAUCGCGUUCGCGCCCCAAGAUAAGACCGAGCCGGCGCUGCUCAAGGCUCUCGACGGAAGCCGCCGAGAAAGCCCACAACGCCACGACGGCGUGACAACCAUGAUCCACGCCGAGAACGGCGACAUGCUCAGCGGGAUGACGGACCAGCUGGAGCGGCGCAAAUCUGCUCGAACCAAAGUACCACGCGACCGGCUUGCCCGUUUAUGCGGAGACCUGUCCGCAGUAUCUGUUCUUGACGGACCUCGAGGGGAUCUGGCGUGGGCUGCAGAACGGGACAUUUACGAUCCCGCAGUGAAUUCUGCCAGGACCAGCCCUCCAUGGGAUCCGGAGAAGUUUUAA